AUGGGCAUGCCCUUGAGUGAUGACCCCUCUCGGUGGAGUGAAGAUAACAUACCAGGUCUCUGGAGUGCCAGGCUCAGAGUCUUAUCUCUAAGACAAAGGGGCCUCAUAACCUUCUGCAAGCUGCUUACUCUAUUGGAGCCUCAGCUCCCUCAUCUGCAGUAUGGUGAUGCUCCAGAUCAGAGAAACAAUGAACGGAAUGGGAAGCCAAAUGACCAGCCAAAUAACAUUUCAGGUUAUGAAGACUUUGCAGUGAGAGAGUGCCCGGGUUACUACGCUGAGCAGGAGCCGGCAGGAGCUGUGUGGAAACUUCCUUCUGAUAACUUGCCCGGAGGCUCAGAGGUGGUCUGCCCACCGUGCAAUACUCUUCUUCCCUUGCCUUUGCCAAGAAACACAGUCAGUAACUCUGAUCUAAUGAGUAGGGGGCAAUGGGAGACACAAGAAGCAGGUCCAGCUUCAAAAGCAGUGGAUUGCCUUCUGGAUUCAAAGUGAGCAAGGGCCAAGAAAAGAAAAAAAGCUUCGUUUACAACCAGGGUGUCUGCAGUUGACUAUUACAACAGGCUUUUAAAGAUGCAAUUCUUCCACCAAGCACUAAAACUAAUGAAAAUGAAAUAUGAUAAAGACAUAAAGAAAGAAAAAGAGAAAGGAAAGGCUGAAAGUGGAAAAGAAGUUAGAAAGAGCAAGAAUGAAAAUAUAAAGGAUGAGAUAAAGAAGAAAAAAGAGAAAAAAAGAUGGAAAAAGGACGAUUCCAAAAAGGAUGAAACUCCAGGAACUCCCAAAAAGAAGGAAACUAAGAAAAAAUUUAAGCUUGAACCACAUGAUGAUCAAGUUUUUCUGGAUGGAAAUGAGGCAUUUGUGUGGACCUGUGACCCAGUUCACUUUAAAAUGUUUGUCAUGGGAUUAAUUCUUGUGAUUGCAGUGAUAGUGGCAACCCCUUUCCCACUUUGGCCAGCAGAAGUGAGAGUAGAUGUUUAUUACCUUGGUGUUGCCCCAGGCUGUUUUGCAGCCAGCAUUCUCCUCCCUGCUGCUACUCAUUGCAUUCUGUUCCUCAUCAUUUGGCUCAUAACUGAAGGAAGGUAUCACUUUCGCUUCCUGCCAAAGCUGACGGCUGACAUGGGCUUCAUCGACUCCUUCAGACCUCUACACACACAUGAGGACAAAGGACCAAAAGCAGGUUUAAAGAAAGGUGAGAAAGCUGAGGCCAAAAAUCAGCAGAAUUCUGACAGUAAGGAAAAGUCAGACAGUGAGAAAAAAGAUGAGGAAGGAAAAGUAGGACCAGGAAAUAACGGAACAGAAAGUUCCAGUGGUGAACAACAUUCAGACACAGACAGUGACAGGAGGGAAGGUGAUGGACCCCAACACAGGAGUGGAAAUGGGAAUGAUUUUGAAACAAUCACAAAAGAGGAACUGGAGCAGCAAACAGAUGGGGAUGGUGAGGAAGAGGAGGAAGAGGAAGAAAAUGAUGGAGAAAAAACUAAACCCUCACAUGAAACAUCAUAA